GUGUUCUCUCGCUGGCAAUAUUUGUUGGUAUUAGGAAUGAGUGAAACGCGUGAACAAAUUUUGGAAGAAAUUAAAGUACAAGGUGAUUUGGUGCGAAAAUUAAAGGCGGCCAAGGAACCCAAAGAAAAGAUCGAUGAAGAGGUGGCCAAGUUAUUGGCCCUCAAGGCCAAGCUGGGAGAUGAGCCGGCACAAAAUCAAAAAUUCACCUUGAAGACACCCAAAGGCACAAGGGAUUAUGGUCCACAGCAGAUGAUGUUGCGUCAAAAUGUCCUGGAUAAAAUCAUUGGUGUUUUCAAGAAGCAUGGUGGUGAGGCAAUCGAUACACCAGUCUUUGAAUUGAAGGAAGUAUUAACUGGUAAAUACGGUGAAGAUUCAAAAUUAAUCUAUGAUCUCAAGGAUCAGGGUGGUGAAAUUCUUGCACUUCGCUACGAUUUAACAGUUCCUUUGGCUAGAUAUUUGGCCAUGAAUAAAAUCUCUAGCCUUAAGCGUUACCACAUUGCCAAAGUCUAUCGUAGAGAUAAUCCGGCCAUGACACGCGGUCGUUAUCGUGAAUUUUAUCAAUGCGAUUUCGACAUUGCCGGUAGCUUUGAUCCCAUGUUACCCGAUGCUGAGUGUGUUAAAAUUGUAUCGGAAAUUUUGGAUGUUUUGGACAUUGGAGAUUAUGUUAUUAAACUAAAUCACCGCCAGCUGUUGGAUGGCAUGUUUGAGGCCUGUGGUGUACCAUCAGACAAAUUCAGGACUAUUUGUUCUGCCGUGGAUAAAUUGGAUAAAUCCCCUUGGUCUGAGGUACGUCGUGAAAUGAUUGAAGAGAAGGGUUUAGAUGCUGCUGCUGCCGAUCAAAUUGGUGAAUAUGUCCAGCUAAGUGGUGGUGCUGAAUUGGUGGAUAAAUUGUUGGCUGACCCCAAAUUAAAAUCCGUCCCAGCAGCCGUUAAGGGCCUCGAAGGCAUGCAAUUACUCAUGAAAUACUGCAACAGUAUGGGCCUGGCCCAGAAAAUUAGUUUUGAUCUAAGUUUGGCCCGUGGUUUGGAUUACUAUACCGGUGUCAUUUAUGAAUGUGUAUUAAAGACAGAACCCAAAAUCGUUGCCAAUGGCGGUCCAGGUGCUGCAGAAGAACAAGGCACAGUGGGUUCGGUGGCUGGCGGUGGUCGUUAUGACAAUUUGGUUGGCAUGUUUGAUCCCAAAGGCAAACAGGUACCCUGUGUGGGAGUCUCGAUUGGUGUGGAACGUAUUUUCUCCGUAAUUGAGGCCAAGGCUGCUGCCUCCGGUGUUAAACAACGUACCAAUGAGGUUGAAGUCUACGUGGCUUCAGCCCACAAGGGCUUGCAUGAAAAACGUUUAAGUAUUCUGAAUGAUUUGUGGAACCAGGGUAUUAAGGCUGAACAUUCGUACAAGCUAAAUCCCAAACUAUUGGCCCAACUGCAACACUGUGAGGAGCAACAAAUUCCCUUGGCUGUUGUGUUUGGCGAUUCGGAAUUGGAAAAGGGCAUUGUUAAGUUGCGUGAGGUAACGACACGCAAGGAGGAGGACAUUGCCGUCACUGAAUUGGCCAAUGAAAUUAAAAAGAGAUUGCGUAGCUAA